AGCAAGUUGUCAUUUCGUUGUGAUCUUCCUGUGGUCAGUGGACAACUUUUUGCCUGUUUGGAAUUCCUCGCCUUGUCUGUGUCGUUGGUCGCUCCGGUUGUUUUUGGACCGGGGAGCAGCUGCCGCCAUGUCGCGCUAUGACACGAAGGAGUUCGGGGAGGCUGCUCAGUUUUUACGCAAAUCCGACCUGGAGCUGAUGGCGUCCCACACCGUGGCUUUUGACGGUAAGAAGCGGGCCUGGGUCCCGGAUGAAAAGGAAGCGUACAUCGAGAUCGAGAUCAGAGAGCGCAGCGGUGACAAAGUCAUUGUUGACAGCAAAGAUGGAAGGACGCUGACAGUGAAGGAGAGCGACAUCCAGCAGAUGAAUCCACCUAAGUAUGACAUGAUCGAAGACAUGGCCAUGCUGACGCACCUGAACGAGGCCUCGGUGCUGUUCAACCUGCGCAGGCGUUACUCUGCCUGGAUGAUCUAUACGUACUCCGGCCUCUUCUGUGUGACGGUGAAUCCGUACAAAUGGCUGCCCGUCUACUCCGCCCCUGUGGUCGCUGCCUACAAAGGCAAACGCCGCUCUGAGGCGCCGCCGCACAUCUACUCCAUCGCAGACAAUGCAUACAACGACAUGCUGCGCAAUCGGGAGAACCAGUCCAUGCUCAUCACCGGAGAAUCCGGUGCUGGCAAAACUGUCAACACGAAACGUGUCAUUCAGUAUUUUGCCAUUGUGGCAGCUAUUGGGGACACAACUGCAAAGAAAGGACAAGGUCCUGCUACGAAAACAGGGGGGACUCUUGAGGAUCAAAUCAUUGAGGCAAACCCCGCCAUGGAGGCAUUUGGAAAUGCUAAAACGCUAAGGAAUGACAACUCAUCCCGCUUUGGCAAGUUCAUCAGGAUCCACUUUGGACCGACUGGCAAACUGGCUUCCUCUGAUAUUGAUAUAUAUCUUCUGGAAAAAUCCAGAGUGAUAUUCCAGCAGCCCGGAGAGAGGAGCUACCACAUCUACUACCAGAUCAUGUCUCAGAAGAAACCAGAACUGUUAGACAUGCUGCUGGUGUCCUCCAACCCGUACGAUUACCACUUCUGCUCCCAGGGCGUGAUCUCUGUGGAGAAUGACGACGGAGAGGAGCUGAUGGCCACCGAUCACGCCAUGGACAUCCUGGGCUUCCAGUCCGAUGAGAAGUACGGCUGCUAUAAAAUAGUGGGAGCCAUCAUGCACUUUGGAAACAUGAAGUUCAAGCAGAAGCAGCGCGAGGAGCAGGCGGAGGCCGACGGCAGUGAAAGUGCGGACAAGGCCUCGUACCUGAUGGGCGUCAGCUCAGCCGACCUCAUCAAGGGCCUCCUGCACCCGAGGGUGAAGGUGGGGAACGAGUACGUGGUGAAGGGGCAGAAUGUCGAACAGGUUAACUUCUCCGUCGGCGCUCUGGCCAAAGCCACGUAUGACCGCAUGUUCAAGUGGCUGGUGGGGCGGAUCAACCGCACACUGUACACCUCGCUGCCUCGCCAGUACUUCAUCGGGGUGCUGGACAUUGCAGGGUUCGAGAUCUUUGAACUCAACAGCUUCGAGCAGCUAUGCAUCAACUUCACAAAUGAAAAACUGCAACAGUAUUUCAACCACCACAUGUUCAUCCUGGAGCAGGAGGAGUACAAGAGGGAGGGCAUCGAGUGGACCUUCAUCGACUUCGGGCUCGACCUUCAAGCUUGCAUCGAUCUCAUCGAAAAGCCGCUGGGCAUCAUGUCAAUCCUCGAAGAGGAGUGCAUGUUCCCAAAGGCCACAGACGGCAGCUUCAAAGCCAAGAUGUAUGAUAAUCACAUCGGCAAGUCGCCUAACUUCCAAAAGCCACGGCCGGACAAGAAGCGCAAGUACGAGGCGCAUUUUGAGCUGGUGCACUACGCCGGCGUGGUACCGUAUAACAUCGCUGGCUGGCUGGAGAAAAACAAAGACCCUCUGAAUGAGACGGUGGUGGCUUGUUUCCGGAAGUCGUCCAACAAGCUGCUGGCUUCUCUGUACGAGAAUUACGUGAACUCAGACUCAGUGUCUGAACCCAAAGCUGGCAGCAAGGAAAAGAGGAAGAAGGCGGCCUCUUUCCAGACCGUGUCUCAGCUUCACAAGGAAAACCUUAACAAGCUGAUGACCGCCCUGCGCAGCACCCAGCCUCACUUUGUGCGCUGCAUCAUCCCCAAUGAGACCAAGACUCCAGGGAUCAUGGACGCCUUCUUGGUUCUGCACCAGCUGCGCUGCAAUGGCGUGCUGGAAGGCAUCAGGAUCUGCAGGAAAGGCUUUCCCAACCGCAUCCUCUAUGCUGAAUUCAAACAGCGCUACCGCAUCCUGAACCCUCAUUGCAUCCCCGAUGAUAAGUUCAUGGACAGCAGGAUGGCUGCAGAGAAGCUGCUGGCCUCCCUGGACAUCGACCACAACCAGUACAGAUUUGGACACACAAAGGUGUUCUUUAAGGCCGGCCUGCUGGGUCAACUCGAGGAAAUGAGGGACGAGCGCCUGGCUAAAAUCCUUACGCUGCUGCAGGCGGCCGCUCGGGGCAGGAUGAUGAGGAAGGAGCUGAAUAAGUUCUCCGAAAUGAAGGAGGCUCUAAUGAUCAUCCAGUGGAACAUUCGGGCCUUUAACGCUGUCAAGCACUGGCCCUGGAUGAAGCUCUUCUUCAAAAUCAAGCCCCUGCUGAAGAGUGCCGCCACCGAGAAGGAGCUGGCCGCUCUGAAGGAAGAGAUGACCAAGCUGAAGGAGGCUCUGGACAAAUCUGAGGUCAAGCGCAAAGAGCUGGAGGAGAAGCAGGUCAGCCUGGUCCAGGAGAAGAACGAUCUCUCCCUACAGCUGCAGGCAGAGCAGGACAAUCUUGCAGAUGCCGAGGACCGCUGUGAGCUGCUCAUCAAAACUAAGAUCCAGCUGGAGGCCAAACUGAAGGAGAUCACGGAGAGACUGGAGGAUGAGGAGGAGAUGAGCUCUAACGUGCUUGCCAAGAAGCGCAAGCUCGAGGAUGAGUGCGCCGAGCUGAAGAGAGACAUCGACGACCUGGAGAUCACUCUGGCUAAAGUGGAAAAGGAAAAACAUGCCACCGAAAACAAGGUGAAAAACCUGAUUGAGGAAAUGGCAGUGCUGGACGAAACCAUCCUGAAGUUGACCAAAGAGAAGAAGGCUCUUCAGGAGGCUCACCAGCAGACUCUGGAUGACCUGCAGGCGGAGGAAGACAAAGUCAACACUCUGACCAAAGCCAAGGCAAAGCUGGAGCAACAAGUAGAUGACCUGGAGGGAUCACUGGAGCAAGAGAAGAAGCUGCGUAUGGACCUGGAACGGGUCAAACGUAAGCUGGAGGGAGAUCUGAAACUCUCCCUGGAGUCGGUUAUGGACUUGGAGAACGACAAGCAGCAACUCGAAGAGAAGCUGAAAAAAAAAGACUUUGAAAUGAAUUCGAUGAGCGUAAGGGUUGAAGAUGAGCAAGUCUUGGUCAAUCAGCUCGAGAAGAAGAUAAAGGAGCUACAGGCUCAUACAGAGGAGCUGGAGGAGGAACUGGAGGCCGACCGGGCUUGCAGGGCCAAAGUGGAGAAGCAGCGUGCCGAUGUGGCUCGUGAGCUGGAGGAGCUGAGCGAGCGCCUGGAAGAGGCCGGAGGGGCGACCGCUGCCCAGAUCGAAUUCAACAAGAAGAGGGAGGCUGAUUUCCUGAAGCUACGUCGAGACCUGGAGGAAGCCAUGCUGCACCACGAUGCCACGACUGCCUCUUUGCGGAAGAAGCACGCAGACAGCGUCGCGGAGCUGAGCGAGCAGAUCGACAGCCUGCAGCGAGUCAAGCAGAAACUUGAGAAGGAGAGGGCCGAGGCCAAGAUGGAGGUCGAUGAUCUGGCCUCUACUGUGGAGCAGCUGUCCAAGGGCAAGGCCAUUUCAGAGAAGAUGUGCCGCCUGUAUGAAGACCAAAUGAACGAGGCUAAAGCCAAGGCUGAAGAGCUCCAGAGGCAGCUCAACGAGACCACUACCCAGAAGGCCCGUGCUCAGGCUGAGAGUGCCGAGGUGGGCAGGAAGCUUGAAGAGCGGGAGUCCAUGGUCUCCCAACUCCAGCGAGCCAAAACCUCCUACAGCCAGAAUGUGGAGGAGCUCAAGAAACAGCUGGAGGAGGAGAAUAAGGCGAAGAACGCCCUGGCCCAUGCACUGCAGUCAUCUCGACACGACUGUGAUCUCCUGAGAGAGCAGUACGAAGAGGAGCAGGAGAACAAGGCCGAGUUGCAGAGAGGUCUGUCCAAGGCCAACGCCGAGGUGGCUCAGUGGAGGACUAAGUACGAAACUGACGCCAUCCAGAGGACCGAGGAGCUGGAGGAAGCCAAGAAGAAGCUGGUGACGCGUCUGCAGGAAGCUGAGGAGACGGUGGAGGCUUCCAAUGCCAAGUGCUCCUCCCUGGAGAAGACUAAACAUCGGCUCCAGACAGAGAUAGAGGACCUGGUCAUUGAUCUGGAGCGCUCCAAUGCUGCAGCUGCUGCCCUGGACAAGAAGCAGCGCAACUUUGACAAGGUGCUGGCUGAGUGGAAACAGAAGUAUGAAGAGUGCCAGUCAGAGCUGGAGGGAUCUCAAAAAGAGUCUCGCAGCCUGAGCACAGAGCUCUUCAAACUUAAGAACUCCUAUGAAGAGUCUCUGGAUCAUCUGGAGACCAUGAAGAGGGAGAACAAGAACCUCCAAGAGGAGAUCUCUGACCUGUCUGAUCAAAUCAGUCAGGGAGUGAAGACCAUCCACGAGCUGGAGAAAAUAAAGAAGGGUCUGGAUUUGGAGAAAAGCGAGAUUCAGGCUGCCCUGGAGGAAGCUGAAAGCACUCUGGAGCAUGAAGAAAGCAAAACUCUCCGAAUCCAGCUGGAGCUUAACCAGAUCAAGUCCGAGGUUGACAGAAAGCUGGCAGAGAAGGAUGAGGAAAUUGACAGCCUUCGCCGUAACCACCAGAGAAUGCUGGAGUCCAUGCAGGCUAACUUGGAUGCCGAGGCCAAGUCUCGCAACGAGGCUGUGCGCCUGAGGAAGAAGAUGGAGGGCGACCUCAACGAGAUGGAGGUGCAGCUGAGCCAUGCUAACAGGCAGGCGGCAGAGUCCCAGAAACUCCUGAGAAACCUGCAGGUUCAGUUCAAAGAAAUUCAGAUGGAGCUCGAUGACACCACUCACCAGAACGAGGAGCUGAAGGAGCAGGUGGCAAUGACGGAGCGCCGCAACAACCUGCUGGCUGCGGAGGUGGAGGAGCUCAGGGCUCAGCUGGAGCAGAACGACCGAGCCCGCAAACUAGCUGAGCAUGAGCUGCUGGAGGCCACGGAGAGAGUCAACCUGUUGCACUCUCAGAACACUGGACUGAUCAACCACAAGAAGAAGCUGGAGAACGAUCUGUCCAUGCUCUCGAAUGAGGUGGACGAUGCCGUGCAGGAGUGCCGCAAUGCAGAGGAGAAGGCUAAAAAGGCCAUCACUGAUGCAGCCAUGAUGGCAGAGGAGCUGAAGAAGGAGCAGGACACCAGCGCCCAUCUGGAGAGGAUGAAGAAAAACAUGGAGCAGACCAUAAAGGAUCUGCAGAUGCGUCUGGACGAAGCCGAGCAGAUCGCCCUCAAGGGCGGCAAGAAGCAGGUCCAGAAGCUGGAGGCCAGGGUCAAAGAACUGGAGAAUGAAAUGGAGUUAGAGCAGAAGAAGAGCCAGGAGUAUCAGAAGGGAGUACGCAAGUACGAGAGGAGAAUCAAAGAGCUCUCCUACCAGGCUGAGGAAGACAAGAAGAACCUGAUCCGCAUGCAGGACCUCAUCGACAAGCUGCAGGUCAAAGUGAAGAGUUACAAGAGACAGACUGAAGAAGCGGAGGAGCAGGCAAACACCAACCUCUCCAAGUACAGGAAGCUGCAGCAUGAGCUGGAUGACGCAGCGGAGCGGGCUGAUACGGCCGAAUCGCAGGUCAACAAGCUCCGUGUCCGCACCCGUGACCAAGGAAGCAAGCACGCUGAGUGAUGCGAGGGCGGGCGCUGCAGCCAGACAUAUCACAGCCAGCCAGCUGCAACAGCUGUGCUCCACUGUGAUCCCAAAUAAAGACUUCAAAAGUCGACUUCAAAUAUGGCUGCUCGUUUUUGUUUGAGUGUGAAUAUGUGAUAAAGAUAGAAAUCCCACAAGGAAGGUCUAAAGAAGAAUUUAUUAUAUUAUUAAUUUGACAAACAGCUGUUAAAUAAGAAAAAAAUGAAGUUAAAUACCAGCAUUAGAGGGGGAACAUGUGGGUGAAAGUGGGUUACAGAAGAAGCUAUAGUCUGUUUGUCUGAUGGCCAAACAGGGUUAGAAGGAGGUUAAGACUGGAGGGUGCAGAGGUGAAAUUUA